UGUCAUAUAUAUGCUGUAAUACGGUAUGUCAAGAAGAAUAUUUUCGAACUUUGAGGAAUUCACUGCUGUUCUAAACAUCAAGCAUGGCUACCUUGAAGGAUACGGAGUCAGAUGCUCAAGUGACAUUUGAAGAUCAACAAAAGAUCAACAAGUUUGCCAGGCAUAAUGCAAAACUGCAAGAUAUAAAGGAAGAACUUACAACGAAAAAGAAAGAUCUUCAAAAUCUUGAGGAUGCAGCUGAUGAACUGAUACUUCAAGAUGGAGAAGAUGGUGCAAUUCCAUACCAGAUUGGAGAAGUAUUUGUGAGCUCAACUGUUGACGAAGCCAAUGAGAUGAUUGAGAAAGCCAAGGAAAGUACCCAGAAGGCCAUAGAGGAACUGGAAGAGAGAGCAGAGACACACAAGAAAGUUCUUUCCGAUUUAAAAGUGCAACUUUAUGCUAAGUUUGGAAACAAUAUUAAUUUAGAGGCAGAGGAUGACUGAGUCAUCAUGGACAUUAUGAAAUCAGAUAUUUAUAUCACUGUACAUGACAAUAAUUUGCCUCAGUGAAUUAUUGUAAGUUUGAACCACUGUCCUUUCUCAGACUACAACAGCUUUAAAAUCGGUUUGCAGUAUGAGAUAUAAGGUGUUCAAAAUAUCUUAUUACCACCCAUCAUCGUGUUUGUAUUGUGUAAUAUCUUGUUUGUCUGUGUCAUAAUGGUUAAACAAGAUUAAACAAGAACCUCCA